AUCAGAGGGGUAAGUGGGAGAGAAGGAGGCACCUGCCGGGAUAACAGGCCAGGAUGAAGUAAAUAGAAAAUCCUCAGAGCUCCCUUGCUGGGCUCCAGCUGUGGAGAAGGGGGAGGAGAAAACCCUGUGGGACAGGGGAGGAGGGUGAGGGCUCCUCUUAGGAAGUUAUUUAAGAGCCGUCUAGUCUUCCGGAGUCCGUUUGAGGAAGUCCCCGAGGCGCACAGAGCAAGCCCACGCGAGGGCACCUCUGGAGGGGAGUGCCUGCAGGACCUUGUAACGUUAAGAAUGUCAGAAACCUCCAGAAUCGCCUUUGGAGGCAGGAGAGCGGUUCCACCCAAUAACUCUAAUGCAGCGGAAGACGACCUGCCCACACUGGAGCCUCAGGGCGUGGUGCCCCGGGGCGUCAACCUGCAAGAGUUUCUUAAUGUCACGAGCGUUCACCUAUUCAAGGAGAGAUGGGACACUAACAAGGUGGACCACCACACUGACAAGUAUGAAAACAACAAGCUGAUUGUCCGCAGAGGGCAGUCUUUCUACAUUCAGAUUGACUUCAAUCGUCCAUAUGACCCCAGACGGGAUCUCUUCAGGGUGGAAUACGUCAUUGGUCGCUACCCACAGGAGAACAAGGGAACCUACAUCCCAGUUCCUAUAGUCUCAGAGUUACAAAGUGGAAAGUGGGGGGCCAAGAUUGUCAUGAGAGAGGACAGGUCUGUGCGGCUGUCCGUCCAGUCUUCCCCCGAAUGUAUUGUGGGGAAAUUCCGCAUGUAUGUUGCUGUCUGGACCCCCUAUGGCGUAAUUAGAACCAGUCGAAACCCAGAAACAGACACGUACAUUCUCUUCAAUCCUUGGUGUGAAGAUGAUGCUGUGUACCUGGACAAUGAGAAGGAAAGAGAAGAGUAUGUCCUGAAUGACAUUGGGGUAAUUUUUUAUGGAGAGGUCAAUGACAUCAAGACCAGAAGCUGGAGCUAUGGUCAGUUUGAAGAUGGCAUCCUGGACACUUGCCUGUAUGUGAUGGACAGAGCGCAAAUGGACCUCUCUGGAAGAGGGAAUCCCAUCAAAGUCAGCCGUGUGGGGUCUGCAAUGGUGAAUGCCAAAGAUGACGAAGGUGUCCUCGUUGGAUCCUGGGACAAUAUCUAUGCCUAUGGUGUCCCCCCAUCGGCCUGGACUGGAAGCGUUGACAUUCUAUUGGAAUACCAGAGCUCUGAGAAUCCAGUCCGAUAUGGCCAAUGCUGGGUUUUUGCUGGUGUCUUUAACACAUUUUUACGAUGCCUUGGAAUACCAGCAAGAAUUGUUACCAAUUAUUUCUCAGCCCAUGAUAAUGAUGCCAAUUUGCAAAUGGACAUCUUCCUGGAAGAAGAUGGGAACGUGAAUUCCAAACUCACCAAGGAUUCAGUGUGGAACUACCACUGCUGGAAUGAAGCAUGGAUGACAAGGCCUGACCUUCCUGUCGGAUUUGGAGGCUGGCAAGCUGUGGACAGCACCCCCCAGGAAAAUAGCGAUGGCAUGUAUCGGUGUGGCCCCGCCUCCGUUCAAGCCAUCAAGCACGGCCACGUCUGCUUCCAAUUUGAUGCACCUUUUGUUUUUGCAGAGGUCAACAGCGACCUCAUUUACAUUACAGCUAAGAAAGAUGGCACUCAUGUGGUGGAAAAUGUGGAUGCCACCCACAUUGGGAAAUUAAUUGUGACCAAACAAAUUGGAGGAGAUGGCAUGAUGGAUAUUACUGAUACUUACAAAUUCCAAGAAGGUCAAGAAGAAGAGAGAUUGGCCCUAGAAACUGCCCUGAUGUACGGAGCUAAAAAGCCCCUCAACACAGAGGGUGUCAUGAAAUCGAGGUCCAAAGUUGACAUGGACUUUGAAGUGGAAAAUGCCGUGCUGGGAAAAGACCUCAGGCUCACCAUCACCUUCCGGAACAACAGCCACAACCAUUACACCAUCACAGCUUAUCUGUCAGCCAACAUCACCUUCUACACCGGGGUCUCGAAGGCAGAAUUCAAGAAGGAGACGUUCGACGUGAUGCUGGAGCCCUUGUCCUUCAAGAAAGAGGCGGUACUGAUCCAAGCCGGCGAGUACAUGGGUCAGCUGCUGGAACAAGCGUCCCUGCACUUCUUUGUCACAGCUCGCAUCAAUGAGACCAGGGAUGUUCUGGCUAAGCAAAAGUCCACCGUGCUGACCAUCCCUAAGCUCAUCAUCAAGGUCCGUGGCGCUCAGGUAGUUGGUUCUGACAUGAUUGUGACAGUUGAAUUUACCAAUCCUUUAAAAGAAACCCUGCGAAAUGUCUGGAUACACCUGGAUGGUCCUGGAAUAACAAGACCAAUGAGGAAGAUGUUCCGUGAAAUCCGGCCCAACUCCACCGUGCAGUGGGAAGAAGUGUGCCGGCCCUGGGUCUCUGGGCCUCGGAAGCUGAUAGCCAGCAUGAGCAGUGACUCCCUGAGACAUGUGUAUGGCGAGCUGGACGUGCAGAUUCAAAGACGACCUUCCAUGUGAAUGCACAGGAGGCUGAGAUGAACCGUGGCAUUUGGCGUUUUGUAGUCUUGGCUAAGGAAAUUCUAACACAAAAAUAGCUCUUGCUUUGGCUUAGGUGUGAAGACCCAGAGAGGGCCCCAGAGUGGAGAUCCCACGUAUUUCAAAAACAUACUUUUCAAAACCCAGGCUAUUCAGCAUGGAAGUUAGUUGUUAAUCUCUCUACCUUCCAGAGAAUGCUGAGCAUUAGUUUUAAUUAAGCUAUAAUUAAGCUCUCAUAGCUCAUAAGAGUAACAGUCGUCAUUUAUCAUCACAAAUGGCUACAGCUCCAAAUAUCAGUGGGCUCUCUUACCAGGGAGAUUUGCUCAAUACCUGGCCUCAUUUAAAACAAGACUUCAGAUUCCCCACUCAGCCUUUUGGGAAUAAUAGCACAUGAUUUGGGCUCUAGAAUUCCAAUCCCCUUUCUUGGGGUCAGGUUCUACCCUCCAGGUCAGAAUAUUUUUCCCAGGACUGGAGCACAGCGUGAUUUUUAUUUUUGGCAAAGCCAGGAAAAGGUCUUUCAUUUUGCACCUGCAGCCAAGCAAAUGCCUGCCAAAUUUUGCAGAUUUACCUUGUAAGAAGAGGUGGCCCCAUAUUAACAAAUUGCAUUUGUGGGAAACUUAAUCACCUACAAGGAGAUAAGAAAGCAGGUGCAGCACUCAAGUCUAUUGAAUAAUGUAGUUUUGUGGUGCAUUUUACAGAAGGUGUCACACUGUGGCCUGAUCAGCAGGAGCCAAUAUCCCUUACUUUAACCCUUUUUGGGGUGCAAUACUAGGAAGUAAAGUGAGGGAUUUAUCUCUUUAGUUAGUGGCUAUAUUUCACCUAUCUCUCAGGAAUCAUCUCCUUUGCAGAAUGAUGCAGGUUCAGGUCCCUUUUCAGAGAUGUAAUAAGCCCAAUAAGAUGGAGAAGCUGGUGGAUCUAGUGACCAGAUAUAUAGAAGGACUGCAACCACUGAUUCUGUCUUGUCCUUCACAUCACCCAUGUUGAGACCGCAGCUUGGCACUCAGGUCCUGAAGGGUCAUAUGGACUCAGCCUUGCAAACAGCCAGUGCUAGUUCUGACCCAACCACAGAGGAUGCUGACAUCAUUUGUAUUAUGUUCCAAGGCCACUACAGACAAGGCUACCUACUAUGUAUUUGCAAGGCUGAUUUAUGGCCAGAAUUUCCCACUGACAUGUAUAGAGUGUGAUUUAGGCCAGCAGACUGUGAUUCUUAGCAAAAAAUGAACCGUGAUAAGGAUACUGCGGACAAAAUCAGAAUGGAAUGCUCUGAUCUAUAUAACUACAUUUUUAAGCCUUUGAGACUGUUCCUGAGCCUUCAGCACUAACCUAUGAGGGUGAGCUGGUUCCCUCUAUAUAUACAUCAUACUUAACUUUACUAGUAAUCUCACAGCAUUUGCCAAGUCUCCCAAUACCCAAUUUUAAAAUGAAAUGCAUUUUGCUAGACAGUUAAACUGGCUUAACUUAGUAUAUUAUUAUUAAUUACAAUGUAAUAGAAGCUUAAAAUAAAGUUAAACUGAUUAUAUUUGCA